AUGGGUUCAGACGUAUUUGCCGACUCCGGCCCGAAGCAUAUGAUGGAGAGAGCUGGUAUGCACGUAUGCCUGAUGAAGGUUAUUAACUGGGACAGCGACGAGCACCGCCGCUGCGUCGCCGCCUGCAUUGUUAACGGGACUUACAUCAUGGAGAGGGACGAAUCCGGGCUGCACUCAGGCAAGCCGCUCGCGCCGGCGUGGUGGGAGAGCUUCGGCUUCCGCCGGCUCCAAACGCUCAGGUACGAGUGCGAGUGCGUGUUCUGCAAGACCAAGACCAAGCUGUUCACCUUGGGAGCCCACCGGCCGUGCUCUAUCUACGGAGCCAUCCUGGAGCACGUCGGCGCGCGCCGCCACCCGUCGGCGCCGCGCUACGUCGUCGCGUUCCGGGGCACCAUGCCCGGUCACCCCUCGUACCUCGGCGACAUGCACCUCAACCUCCGGAUUCUCGUCAACAAGCAGCACGCCUGCGGACGCUUCCGCCAUGCCCGUGUCCAUGUCGCAAAACUCCUCGACUCCAUCGCCCCCGACGGCCGCGCCACCGGUAGCGCCGCCGUCUGGCUCGCGGGCCACUCGCUCGGCGCGUCGAUAGCGCUGGACGUGGGGCGAGACGUGGUGGCCAGGAUGAAGGGGUGGAACCUCCCGGCGUUCCUCUUCAACCCUCCGCAGGUGUCGCUGGCGCCCAGCAUGCUGCCCCAGGCCAUGAGGAGGGUGGCGAAGAGGGUCAUCUACCCGACGAGCUACGCGGUGAAGGCGGCGCUGGGGACGACGGUCCUCAGGCCCCACGAGAGGGACAUGGAGACGCUGUUCGAGACGCUGGCGCCAUGGGUUCCCGAGCUGUACGUGCACGAGAGGGACAUCAUCUGCCAGGGAUUCAUCGACUACUUCGAGCAGCGGCACAAGAUGCUGAACCGGCUCCGGCCCGUCGCCGAGGUAGCCAUGAAGCUGUCCCUCCGUGACAUGCUCAUAAGCAUCCACAGCACCGACCCGGAGAGCGGUGAGGACCAGCGGGUGCGGCCGCACCUCUUGCCGUCGGCGAGGCUAUGGAAGAAUGCGAGCUACCACGACGCACACGGGCUUGAGCAGUGGUGGAGGGCUGACAGCGAGCUGAGGCUGAGCUCCAGGCGGUACAGCGAUCAUGGAGCUGAGGCUGAGCUUUUCUAUGGUUAA